AUGUCAGAUGGCGAGGCUGUUUUGGAUGUUCUUAUUGGUUUGAAGGUAGACAAUUAUCACCCAAAGCUUAAAGAACAUCUCUGGCGAGUGCCCCCGCCGCCGGUCGACAAUCAUCCUUCUCUUGUGUCCGAAGUCAAAACUGUCUAUGCACGCCUCGUAAAGGUGGAAGAAAAAUGCACUCAAAUCGAACAGAACCAGUCCAAAAAUAGCGAAAGAAACCCAGAUCUCAACAACGAGCAGUGGGAGGCCCUCCAGGCUGUCCACCGUACGCUCGUGCUCGAACAGCAUGAGCUUCCUAUCGCCUUCUCCUCACUCAGCCCACAACUGCGCCACUUUAGAAAGAUCGCGCAUGACCAUUCCCUCCAGUCACGAAGUCUGCGGCGGUUCAGCGACUGUCUGCUUCCUCUUCUGAAGCGCGAGCAGGACUUGGAAUCCGCAAGGCAAUGGCUAGAGAUCAUGAAAUUAUCUUCUUCACUCAUCGAAAUACUUGGGAAGAAUGACUUGCUCUUCACUCACGAAGAAAUGGCCCUUAUGGACACGAUCGAAGAGAUUGAAGCCAUAUUGGGCAGAUUAAAACAUUGGUUCAGGCGAAAAUACGAAGACCUUGGCCGAAAGAAAGAUGUGACGGAGGAGCAAGGUCUUGCUGAGCCCAUCUUUGAGUUUCCCAACAACAUCAGGCACACAUGUACAACAAUGCCGUGGACAAUUUUCCCAGCACUGUUAGUACUAUGGGGUGUAUGUUGGAUGUUCGUCAUCGGUUCUAGCCAACCUGAGCAUGAAUGGGGCACUGCUGUCGAUCCUAUGAUCUCGCCCGUACCGGCCGCUUAUGACUUCUACGUUGACUUCCAUGGUAUCGGAACUGAAGAGGGACCUCAAGGAUCGGCUGCAGACGGCUCCGAGAACAGAGGGUAUUUCAGUGAAAAUGCCCUGGAAGGGCUCUGGGCUGGAGACGAUCAGUUGAUGAUUGACCUGAUCUUGGCCUCUGCCCAAGACACCCCUCAAGAUCCAAACUUUAUGAAUCCGGACAUGACGUCCCGUGGUUAUUCGAAAAGCCUGGAACUGGCGGCGCAAGGUACGGCCGAGAUAUCACCACCGGUCGCCAUGAAAGACCCAACUUAUACGCCAUGCAUCAAUACCGACAAUAGCGUAGCGAGAGACGCCACGGGUAGUGUCGACAGCAGCGGCUAUGGUCAGCGAACAAUCAACUCGGAUGAGUGA